GAAAAGUACUCUUUAAAGGCAAAGUCGUGGUGCUCUGAAAUUGAUUUGAGCUUUGAGCAUCAGGGAAAAAUUUUCAUAAGCUAUGGUGUUGCACAAAAGAUGUUUGGCCAAAGAUAUUUUGCCACCAUCACCAAUCGAAUCCUACACGAUCGCUAUAUUUUCGUGCAUAUUGGCAAUGGUGACAAUACCAGGGAAUUUUCUAGUUUGUUUGGCAGUUUUAAAAACAUCAAAAAAAAACAUUCGAAAUCCGUUUAACUUCUUUGUACUCAGUCUAGCAGUAGCAGACUUGGUUGUCGGUUGCUUAACUGAACCAUUAGCAGUCUACGUUCACGUGAAAGAAGCGUACAAGCAAGAUGUCGAGCACGUCGAAUUAGAACUGCUUCACAUGUCUUACUUUAUUUCGUGUACUACCUCGGUUUUAAGCAUUUGUCUUCUAGGAGUAGAAAGAUACCUUGCAAUUAUGUCACCACUAAAGUUUAGACUUUUUUUCAGCAUCAAAAGAUUUCUUUUACUGGCGACUAUUGUGUGGUUAAUAUCAAUAGGUCUGUCCUCCAUAUACCUAUAUACGUCAUACACAACGUACGCUCUAAUAUUCAGCACCAUUGCAGUUUUAUGUACGAUGGGUAUAAGCAUAUUCACGUACACGAAAAUUCUAAGAAAGUUCAAAAAGAGGUUACCUAACACGACAGUCCAUCGAAGGCGUAUAAUUUCAGAGACUUCAACUUCCACCGAAAUCGGCAUUUCAUCGGAGGAAGCACACCAUCCAGCAUCUGAACAUGCAACAGUUCAGUCGAAACCCACUGGCUUGUGGUCAACAGCUUUACAGAAGAAUGUCAAGCCAAAAUUAAGUAAGGGACGAAGUUUUAUCUCAAAAAGAAAGCAGUUCUCCGAGAAAGAGCCUUUGCCUCCAAAUCCAUGGAAUGUGAAGUUAACAAAAACGUAUUUGAUAAUCAUUUCCAUCUUUUUAUCAUGUUAUUUCCCAGGAUGCGUUGUGAUAUACACGAUGAAUUUAUGUACUUCGUGCAGUUGUUUAACUUUGCAAUAUCUGCAGGAUGUUCAGUUCAUUAUUAUUGCUGUUCAGUCGGCUUUUAAUCCAUUUGUGUACGCGUUACGUUUUAAAAGAUUUCGCAACGCAGUGAUGAAAAUAUUGAAGUGUAGCCAACAACCAAAAAAUCAUCGUCGGUCGUUGACUCAUAUUAAAAGCAACACGACGCUGACCAGUACAAUUUCGUUACAAAGCUCAAUGAACGUCUCGAAAAGGGUGUCAGAAGAAUUGUGAA